CUGAGCCUGGGAGCAACCGCAGCUUCUAGUAUCCAGACUCCAGCGCCGCCCCGGCCCUGGACCCCAACCCGGACCCAGAGCGUCUCCAGCGGCGGCGCAGCGAGCAGGACUCCCCGCUUUAACUUCCUCCGCGGGGCCCAGCCACCUUCGGGAGCUCGCGUUGCGCACCUGCAAACUCAGCCUUCUGCACCUGCCACCCCUGAGCCAGCGCGGGCGGCCGAGCGAGUCAUGGCCAACGCGGGGCUGCAGCUUUUGGGCUUCAUUCUCGCCUUCCUGGGAUGGAUCGGCGCCAUCGUCAGCACUGCCCUGCCCCAGUGGAGGAUUUACUCCUAUGCCGGCGACAACAUCGUGACCGCCCAGGCCAUGUACGAGGGGCUGUGGAUGUCCUGCGUGUCGCAGAGCACCGGGCAGAUCCAGUGCAAAGUCUUUGACUCCUUGCUGAAUCUGAGCAGCACAUUGCAAGCAACCCGUGCCUUGAUGGUGGUUGGCAUCCUCCUGGGAGUGAUAGCAAUCUUUGUGGCCACCGUUGGCAUGAAGUGUAUGAAGUGCUUGGAAGACGAUGAGGUACAGAAGAUGAGGAUGGCUGUCAUUGGGGGCGUGAUAUUUCUUCUUGCAGGUCUGGCUAUUUUAGUUGCCACAGCAUGGUAUGGCAAUAGGAUUGUUCAAGAAUUCUAUGACCCCAUGACCCCAGUCAAUGCCAGGUACGAAUUUGGUCAGGCUCUCUUCACUGGCUGGGCUGCUGCUUCUCUCUGCCUUCUGGGAGGUGCCCUACUUUGCUGUUCCUGUCCCCGAAAAACCACCUCAUACCCAACACCACGGCCCUAUCCAAAACCUGCACCUUCCAGUGGGAAAGACUACGUGUGACACAGAGGCAAAAGGAGACAAUCAUGUUGGAACAAACCGAAAAUGGACACUGAGAUACUAUCAUUAACAUUAGGACCUUAGACUUUUGAGUAUUGCAAUCUGAAGUAUGGUAUUACAAAACAAACAAACGAACAAAGAAACCCAUGUGUUAAAAAUACCCAUUGCUAAACUUGGCUUAGUCUUAUUUUAUCUUCUUUCCUCAUUACAGGAGGGAGGAUUUUUCCAUUUGUAUUACUGCUUCCCAUUGAGUAAUCAUACUCAAAUGGGGGAAGGGGGUGCUCCUUAAAUAUAUAUAGAUAUGUAUAUAUACAUGUUUUUCUAUUAAAAAUAGUAAAAUACUCUUCUCAUUAUGUUGAUACUAGCAUACUUAAAAUAUCUCUAAAAAUAGGUAAAUGUAUUUAAUUCCAUAUUGAUGAAAGUGUU